AUGUCUUCAAAAGCCUCCAGCGCCUCAGUAUCAAUCAAAGCCUGUGGUCAUACUGGCGGAAACUGUUUGGUUGCGGAGCUGGACUUUGAUGAGGGUGAGGUUGUUCUCGAAGAGACUCCGCUGCUGGAAAUGCUGGACACGGAGGUGUUGGCCUUUCGACACUCUUCACAUUAUGCUGCGGUUUGGUCGUUCGCUCAAGAGUGCGUUGGCCAGGAGAAGAUAGCGAUGCUCUUGUCCUUAGGACUCUCUGAGGGCGCUGCAAGCAGCUGCAAGGCCGAAGAUCUGAAGCGUGCUUUGGAGGCAGAGGUGCCAUGCUCACAGAAUGAUGAUGCUUUACGCUUUCUGGUCAUUCUGAUGUCGAACUCCUUCCGGUUCAAGGGAGUCAAUGGAAAGACUACUGCAUUGUUCGAGAUCAUGUCACGCGCGAAUCAUUCCUGUGAUCCGAAUGUGCGGAUGAUUGGUGAUGGAUGGCCUGGGCAACUCAUUGCAGUUCGCCCCAUUCAAGCUCAGGAGGAAAUUCUUCUGUGCUAUGGUGGAUGGGACACCGAAUUUUUGAAGGAGCCGUCGACAGCCAGGCAAAAGUACUUGUCGGAGCAUUGGGGCUUUCAGUGCAAGUGCGUGCGUUGCGAAAGAGAAGCCAGCAUACGAACAAGCUGA